CUGCACGAGACGCUCGAGGAACGUAUUCCCGGCCAUCGCAAGGACCUUGCUGGCGGUAUCAUCGAGUCAGACGUCAAGAAGGACACCUUCACCGACUCGGAGAGCGGCCCUACCGCAGACGGCGAGGAGCCCAGCGAGGGCGAGAAGCGCAGCCUGCGUCGCAUCGGCGAGAGCCUGCCCGCCUCGGCCUUCUUCAUCGCCAUUGUUGAGCUGACGGAGCGCUUCACCUACUAUGGUGCUCAGGGCCUCUUCCAAAACUACAUCAACAACAGCCCCAGCGGUUCAGAUGGCGCAAAGGGUCUCGGCAUGGGCCACCAGGCCGCUACCGGUCUCAACCUCUUUUUCCAGUGGUUCUGCUAUGUCACUCCCAUCUUCGCCGCCAUCAUUGCCGAUCAGUACCUGGGCAAGUACAAGACCAUCCUAGUCUUCUGCGGCUUCUACUGGGUUGGUCUCAUCAUCCUGUGGACGACGGCCCUCCCGGUGUCCAUCGAGGCCGGUGCCGGAAAGGGUGGCUACAUCGCCGCCAUCGUCAUCAUCGGCCUGGGAACCGGCGGUAUCAAGAGCAACAUCGCCCCCCUCAUCGCCGACCAGUACCAGCGCUCCGUCAUGGCCGUCAAGACUGAGAAGUCGGGAGAGCGCGUCAUCAUCGACCCGGCCAUCACCUACCAGCGCAUUUACAUGAUCUUCUACUUCUGCAUCAACGUCGGCUGCCUGUCCCUCAUGGCCACGCCAUUUAUGGAGAAGUAUGUUGGCUUCUGGACCGCCUAUCUCAUGUGCUUCUGCAUGUUCAACGUCGGCGUCGGCAUCCUCGUCUGGCGCCGCAAGACCUACGUCGACCGCCCUCCUCAGGGCUCCGUCAUCACCGACGCCUUCAAGGCCCUCGGCCUCAUGAUCGUCUCACGUAACAUGGAUGCCGCCAAGCCCUCGUGGCGUGCUGCCAACGGAAAGACCAAGGCUGUCGGCUGGAAUGACCACUUUGUCGAUGAGCUCAAGCGUGCUCUACACCCCAUCUUCUGGGUCUGCUACGGCCAGUUCUCCACCAACUUCAUCACCCAGGCUGGCCAGAUGGAGGGCCACGGCAUGCCCAACGAUUUCAUGCAAAACUUCGACCCCGUUUCCAUCCUCAUAUUCACCCCCCUCCUCGACCGCUUCCUGUACCCCCUCCUCCGCCGUUGGGGCGUCGAGCUGCGUCCCAUCGCCCGCAUCACCAUCGGCUUCUGGCUCGCUGCCCUGUGCCUCGCCUACGCCGCCAUUGUCCAGCACAUCAUCUACUCGGCUGGCCCCUGCUACGACAAGCCCGGGGCCUGCCCCGCCGGUAUGGACGGCCAAACGGCCCUGCCUAACCACGUCCACAUCGCCAUCCAGGUCCCCGCCUACAUCUUCAUCGGUGUCUCCGAGAUCUUCAUCUCCGUCACCGGUCUCGAGUACGCCUACACCAAGGCCCCGCCCUCGCUCAAGUCCUUCGUCUCCAGUCUGUACCUCUUCACCAACGCUUUUGGCUCCGCCCUGUCCGAGGCCCUCGUCUCCGUCGCCGUCGACCCCAAGUUUACCUGGAUGUACACGGGCGUCGCCUGCUUUGCCUUUGUUACCGGAAUCGUCUUCUGGCUCAUCUUCCACCACUACGAUGCUCAGGAGGAGGAGAUGUAUGCCCUCGACCGCGAUCAGCCCAAGCUCACGCAUAACGGCUUUGAGAAGAAGCCCAAUAAGUCGUAG